UUAAUCUGUGAUUUGACGUUUGUGGUGUCAGGGGGUGGUACAGGUGUCAAAAUUUUAGCAAAUUUUAUUUUGAAUAUUUCGCGAAAAUAUAAUUCUACAUAAAAAGCCUUUUUCAUUUAUUUGCAUUGACCAGCGCGAUGGCGAGCGAGAGCAGCUCGGCGGUGCUGGAACUGAACGACGCGGACGCGACGGACGCGGACGCGCCCAGCGUGAUGGACGCGCCCAGCGCAGCGGACGCGCUCGGCGCAGACGACGCGCACGCCACCACGCCGCUCAUCAUGGAGCACGGAUACGACAUCGCUGUCAAGGUGGACGCGCCCAUGAAGCAGCUGUCAACCCUGGAGACGUUCGUCACGUACCGCGUGCGCUGCGUGUGCGCGCGCUGGCCCACCCCGCCGCACGUGCGCCGCCGCUACAACCACUUCAAGCUGCUGCACCGGCGGCUGGCGGCGGCGCACCCGCUGGUGGCGGCGCCCCCGCUGCCGCCGCUGCACUCAGCGCGCCAGCAGCUCGACCGCUACUCGCCCGCCUUCGUCGCCGUGCGCUGCCUCGCGCUGCACGCCUUCCUCGAGAGCGUGGCCAAGCACCCGAUCCUGACCCACAGCGAAGACUUCCGGCUGUUCCUGACCACGCCUGACGAUGACCUGGACAAGGUAUUCAAGAGCGAGAACAGUGCACUGAAUCUAUGGGGGUUGAGCACCGCCCUCUACGGUGGGGGGGAGGCCAAACCUGCCAACGGGGCCCGGGUGAAGGACCCGGAGUUCAGCGCGGCGGCGGAGUACCUGCAGUCGCUGCAGAGCAAGCUGAGCGGGCUGUGCGCGCUCUCUGCCAAGCUGUACAAGGGCUCCGUGGCGCUCAGCACCGAGCUGUGCGGUAUGCGGCGUGUGUGCGACGCGUGGGCGGUGCAGGCGGGCGGGCGCUGCGCGGCGGCAGUGGCGGGCUGCGGCGCGGGCGCGUCCGCCGCGGCAGCACCGCGAGCGCGCGCCCCGCUGCGGUACCGCGCCGCGCUGCCGCUGCUGGCGGCCUACGCGGGCGCGCACCUCGACAAGAUACGCAGCAGGGACGCGUUGCACGCUGCGUACGUGGCGGGAAACAACGCUACAGACGACGUACAUAACAGAUUAGAACAAGCAUCAGAGGCUCUACGUUCGGAAUUAACUGAUUGGAUUCCAAAAACCAGAACAGAAAUCCGCACUCUGCUCCUAGAACUGGCUGACAGACAAGUGGCUAUCCAUACACAGACCCUGAUGGGAUGGGAGCACGCCUUGAAACUCUCCACCGAGGACAUAUCUGAAAUGUUCAAAACUGUAUCAAAAUCGGCCGUACAAAAUCUAUCUCCCACCAAAUGUAGGAACUUGACCCCAGAGACGGAAAGAGACAUUGAUGACAUAGACAUGGAAAACUAUAGCAAUGACUCAGAUAUACAGGAUGUUUCGCAAUUGGACAUGUCGAAUAUACAGGAUGAUUUCAAAAGUGAUGCCGCUGAGAAAAGUGUUAAAAGUGAUUUAAACAGUGAUAAUGUUAAAAGUGAUGCGAAAAAUGACAACAGUGACGUCAAAAGUGAAGUGAACGGUGACAGGUUGGAUGCGUCGGAUGACAGUUUCUUGGAUCCGCUGAAGAAUUUCUCUGAAGUGGAUUUGUCGUGAUUCUGUGAUUCAAUCUUCUGCAGCAUAAUGAAGGAUUUUUGAAAUAAUUAUUUUUCCCUAAAUAGAAGCAGUGGAAGUUGAUUAUAAAUAAUUAUUUUUUUUGCUGUUCGAAUACUGAUGGUCAAGUUAGAGUUGAUUUGCUGUAUAUGGUAUACUUUUUGCAGUAAAUAGCAAAAUAAAUGAUUAUUUAUUUAUUUUCUAUAUUUUUUCUUGUAUAUACAGGAUGAUUAGAAUGUAAUGUAGUGUCUAACAAAAGUUGGGACUGUUGGUUUUAAUAAUUUUAUAUGCAGAUAUAAAUCCUUAAAAAUGAAAUAACAUGGAAACUUAUAAUAUAGAAAAAAAGCAUUGAGACCAAAUUCCACUUAACACUUUUGGCUGGUGGGAGGUUUCAGCCGUGGCUAGUUACCUACCUACCGACAAAGACGUACCGCCAAGCGAUUUAGCGUUCCGGUACGAUCUCGUGUAGAAACCGAAAGGGGUGUGGAUUUACAUCGGCCUCCUAACAAGUUAGCCCGCUUCCAUAUUAGAUUGCAUCAUCACUUACCAUCAGGUGAGAUUGUAGUCAAGGGAUAACUUGUAAAGAAUAAAAAAAAUCCUUAAAAAUCAAAUAACAUGGAAACUUAUAAUAUAGAAAAAAAAAGCAUUGAGUCCAGAUUCUACUUAACCCUUUCUUUUUUCAAGAAUAUUUGCCAUAUACCUUCAAUAUGACUAAUAGUCUCAUUACAAUUAGUCUGUAAAACUGUUUAGGAGUGGGUACAAUAGUCCGAACCUACUACCUCUUGAUGUCAAGACUAAACCGAGAUUUCCAACUUUUGUGAAGCUACAAAGCUAUAUAUCUGUAUAUUUUGUUAAAAUCAUGUGUAAAUAUUAGAAAUUAUACAUAAUCUGCAUUAUAAUUGAACUUUUAAUAAACUUUAGGGUAAUUUUUUGACUGACAAGUAGCAGACUAGACUGUCUAUAAUUGAUAAAUUUAAGUUAGAAAUGUUGGAUUUGAAAUUAGAGUGAUAUUAGGUAAAGCCAACAACGGGAGAUAAAAAAUGUAAAAGUAGACCAAAGGUUGAUAAUUUCUGCAUUUGACAGUUUUCUUAUGAGACGAAUAUCUUAGCAUUCCAUGGAUUCACCGUGCAGGUGCCGGGUCCAUCGCGUGGUAGAGAGAAGAACACCGAGCAGAGUCCUGAACUUGUGACUACUGGAUGUAGGGUUAAGGAAUUCCUUGACGAUCGAUCAACAUUCCCCUUUUCUGCUCGUGUUGUUCUCCCUACCUAUCCAAAUUUGGUAAGAUCCUAUUAGAGCAGCUUUGGAUACUCGUUCUAAUAUAGAACUAGCUGCACUUCUAGAGAGGCCAAGGUCUUUAAGCAAGUUAUAGAGAUUUUGCUGGUAAUCCUCUCGCACCUACUUCUACGGCGUACAGACUAACUACAUAGCCAUUUUUAGUUAGUUCAUUCGUUAGGUCAUAAUAUUUAUUCACUUUUAAACUGUUUUAUAUGAAUUAAAAAAAAGUUGAUAAAAUUCGACUUAAGAACAGAGAUAAAACUCACUCUGUAGUCAGUACAGCUCGUGCAGAUCAAAUUGACACCUGGCUCGAGUGAUGUAUAUACACUUUUUACCACGACUGCAAGAAGGGUUAUGUUUUUUGCGCGUAUCUUGUAUGUGUGUAUGUAUGUAAUAUUCUUUAUUACCUCAUAUCUUCCGAACCACUGAACGGAUUAACGUAAUUAGGAUAUCGUUAGAUUUGUCUAAUUACCCAAGUGUUCUUAGAUGGGUGAAACUAAAAAAAAUAACAAGACGACUGUGAGACGCUAUAGACUCGAGGUGAAAAACAUUUUUUUUUUCUAAUAUUGCAAUAUGGGUGUCAAAUUCAAGAGCUUUUCGACUGUUUUCUAAUUGCUUUCUACACUUUUGGACUGAGCUUGUUUUUUUUCUUUUCAGUUUUUUUAUACUUUAUGCAGUCGGGUUUUUUUAUUUGUUUAUUGUAUGGAUGUGUUUGGUAGGCAAUUGUCAAGUUUUUUUUUUCAUUUCAUCUCCGAGCCUUUCUGGUACUGCAGUAUACAUGAUUCAGGAAGGGGGUGGUCUAUCACGCUUCGAGAUUAGCUUUCUGACGACCCCAUUCGUCUCUAACGCGUCGACCCAUAAUAUUAUGUAGCAUUUUCGCUCCCUUAGCCCAGGCUCCCUUGUUCUUGAGCUGGGUUUUAGUAUUCUGGUCCUAACCGAAGAGUCCCACACACCCUCCCGAGGGUACCGCGGAGUCUUCCGCGACACCAGCCACCAGCGAGAAAAAAAAAUAAAAAACAUAUUUGGCACUAAGUUUGCUUUUGUCAGGAGUUUGACGCUUUGGCGUGCGUUACUCCCUCAGACCGAUUAUUGUAUAGGACCUGCCUCGCUUGAUGUUACUUUUCUUUCAAAGUAUAUGAUCAACGAUCUGAUUCGAUUAUAAAAACUGUCUCUAUAGAAUCGAUGUUAAAUUGUUAUCGUGUUCGUCGGUUAAAGAGCUCCGUAAAAAUACCUUUUUGUGUAAAUGAAUUGUUUAAAAAACGUGCAAAAACUUCUAGUUUAGUAUAAGAUAUAUACCAAAUCUUAGCUCGUUUUCUUCAGAAAAUGACAAACAAUUUUGUUCGUGACUAUGAGUGCGAUACAGGUCCUUCUAUAAUUGAUCUGAGGUGAGGUGCACUCAAAGAUUGCAUGGUUAGGCGAAGUUGUCAAGUUAAUGUGCACGGGCUAUACAUAGUUAUCGUGAGAUAGAUAUAUCUACUAUAGUGUAUGUAUAAUUGUAUUUAUUUAUUACUAUUAGUGACAGAAAAUUAUACUUUCUGCUAUUUGUGACACAUUUGUCAGAAGUGUCAGUUUUGUUUUAAAUUGCAAUGUCAAAGGUGAAUCCUAUUGGACUAAUUUUGUAUAUAUUUGGGUAAUAUUUUAUUAAAUUAUACCAGUAUUCAAAUCUA